UCAGAAAGCAAAGAUAUAAGAUUCGCGUCUAAAGGAACUUUCCCGUUGUCCCUUCAUCACCCUUGGUCGUAAGAGGACCUGCUUUAACGAGGUGCCUCUCCUUUUUCUUCCUGACAUGCACUUAUGUCUGCUGCGAAACAGUUCGCGAUAUCGUUGCGGUUGUUGGGCAUCUGACUACGAAGCUGCUUGUAAAGAAAAAUCAACGAUUCAGUAAAUUCAGCGUGUCAACGGCUAGACGAUGCGUAGAUACAGGCUCGUACUUUGGUGUUGGACGCUUCUACUCGUCGCCUCCUCCUCCGAAUCUCGAGGGAAUUCCACGACGCCCAGCGACGACGAGCGGAAUAAUUCUACGGGGCGAUAUGAUAUUCAGACUAGUAUCGUCGCGAUGAAUCAUAGCGACGAUGAAGAAUUAGUACGAUAUAACGUACAUGAGAAUUCUACAAAGAAUAACGUGCAGCUCCGUGCCAACUCCACUAGUGACGACCACGAGGAUAGCGAUUCGAUGUAUGAAUUUCACGUGCAUUCCACGAAGGAUCGUGAGGGCGGCAAUCAAAUGUCGACGAAGCUCUAUGGGAAUUUUACAAAGGCCGACAACGGGACGAACUCCACGAACGAAGGCCACGGAAACUCGAUGCAAGCUGAGGACAUAAGUAAUUUAAUUAAUUUAUCCUACGAGCUCCGAAAAUUGCAUGAAGAUGACAUUAAAGGAAAUGUUGUUCCUUACGAGAUGUGCGAGAACAGUACCUGCAUUCUGCUCUGCUGCCCUCUUGGCAGACGCCUACUCAAGGUAGGAAAUGAGGAGCAAUGCAGCGUUGCGAAGGCUAAAAAUUAUCCCUUUCCAAAUAUGUACAAUUACAUAGGCGGGAUGAAUAAUUCGUGGGAGAAGGUACCACUUGGUAAAAGGCUGGACCAGAUCUUUCAGCUGAGCGUUCAUGAUCCAUGUAGAUUCCAACGCUACAAGCUUGAUCCUGACAAGAAUUCAAACGACGAAUAUACGAUCCUCGACAAUGGCACUUUGUAUCUACCGUAUACCGGCGACGUCAUCGAAUUGUACUGCCUCGCCGUUGUGGAAGACAAGUACGAGAUAACCGCUUGCUUCGAUGACGAAGCAGAGGAGAUCUUCAUCGAACAAAGCAAGGGUUUACCCGUGGGUCUAAUAGUGUCCUUGCCAUUUUUGCUGGCGACAUUCGUGAUAUAUUCCAUACUGCCGGAACUUCGGAAUAUGCACGGCUACACGCUGCGCGGAUACGUCGGCUCGUUGUUCAUCGCAUACACAUUUCUCGGGAUACUUCAGCUAAUGCCGCCAAACACACUAUCGGAAUCCAUCUGCAUUAUAUGGGCCUUCAUCAUGCACUUCUCGUUUCUGGCAAGCUUCUUCUGGCUAAAUGUGAUGUGCUUCGAUAUUUGGUGGACAUUUGGGGGAUUCCGCUCGUUACAAGGAAGCGUGAAGCAGCGAGAGAGAAAAAAAUUCGUCAUGUAUUCUAUUUACGCGUGGGGAAGUGCUGCUCUCCUCAGCAUCUUGUGUGCCGUCAUGGAUUUCGUUCCCAGCGUGCCAAGGGAGUUGAUCCGACCGGAAUUUGGUGCCACGAGAUGUUGGUUCAAGACGGACGAGGCGAGAGCGUUAUAUUUUUACGGGCCCAUGAGUGUCACUGUUAUCUGCAACAUUUGCUUGUUUAUCUCUACAGCACUAAAAAUUGUGCGCCACAGGAAGGACACGGCGCAUCAUUUGAGAAGUUCAGAAAGCAGACGCCACGAUGACAAUAAGCAAAGGUUCAAUCUGUACCUGAAGUUAUUCAUCGUGAUGGGAAUAAACUGGUCCAUGGAAAUAAUAUCAUGGCUGUUUGAGAAGGUACCGGCGUACGUGUGGUAUAUCAGCGAUCUGACAAACACCUUGCAAGGUCUCAUCAUCUUCAUUAUAUUCGUAUGGAAGGAGAAGAUCAAGCGGUUGCUAUUAAAGCGAUUCGGUUGUCAGGAUCGCGAUCUGUUUUCCAGAAACUCAACACGCAGCGGUGUUCACAGCUCAGCCUCGCGUACCUGCACUACCACAAUGUCCCUGCAAGAAAAGGUCAAUCCCUACACGCAAACGAACUGCCGCGCAAAGAGUUCAUCCGAUGAGGCUGAUACUUAAUAUCGCAACGCGAGAAAAAGAUUCCAUUAUGUGAAUCGGAAGUUGAUGAUUAACGAGCGGUUAGGUAAUACCGUAAUUUAAUUCUCAACUCGAGAAUCAAUUUUGCAUUGCUUGCGUUGAUCUCUUUGUGUGAAAACACUGAAACUAGUGGUUUUCACUUUUCUCUCUCUCUCUCUCUCUAUUUUUUUUAUUUUUAAAAUGUACUUACAAGUUUUUUAAAUCUUUUUUUUAGCAACCCAAAGAGCAUUAAAGAAAGUUAAAUUAGUCUAUAUCUGUCGUCCUAAUAUAAGCAUGUUGUACAUUAUGUACAUUAUGUAAGUCAUAAUUUUGUAUAAAUUUUAUUUUAAUUAUGUAAGGAUACGUAUUAUUAUACGUAAUAACAUUUUGGUAAAAAGGCUACCGACAGUUUUGAUAAUUUUAAUUUUAACUCUAACACAUUGUUCGCAUAUAACUGUCUUACAUUCUUUUUUUUUCUUUUAUUUAUUUUCAUUAUAUCGACACACUUGAUCUAUUUUUCUACCGCACGCACAAGGAUUUAAUGUUGAACGAUUCAAGAAAAAAAUAUGCAUAAUAAAUAUAUGAAUUUUUAAACAUGUGUUUAUAUAAAAAGAUAAAUAAAUUUUUAAGACGAUAUUGUAUCGUGCGAUGCAAAUAUCGACUCAUGUCAAAUUAACCGUAUAUUUUAUCAUAUGUGAUAAUAUUAUAAUAUGUACCUUGAAAAUUCUUGCUGAGAUAGACUUUCUAUUUAACUUAAAAUUCCAUUGAUUUAUGAAAUGUAUUUGCCGAUAACGUUUUUUGGAAUUGCAUUUCAUUUAUCGUAUUAUAUAUAGAAUGUAGCUCUUCACCGCUUCUAUACACAGAAUAUUUCUGUACAAGUGCCAUCACGAAUAUUCGUUUAAUAUUUAAUAGUUGUAUUUGAAUUUGUUAUACGCACCUAUAAAAUCAAAGAAAUUAAGUGGACAAAAUUAAAACACAAGUAAAAUAAUAGCACAGUGUUCACUCGAAGUCUGUAAUCGUUAAGUAAUUAAGGCUUAAUCUGUAUGCAUUAUUAUUACAUGUAUGUUUGUAAUCGUCUACGUAUACGAUAAUUAGACGAGAAAAUAAAAAAUAAAGACCAUUGCGAGACGUA